ACCUUAAUUGGUAAAGAAAUGAGGAAAUGUAUUGACUUUGGAGUUGCUAAGAAGUCGUGUAGAAUAUGCAAGAUCAGCCAAAAGAAAGAGAAAAAAGCAAAGUUUCAUGACUGCAGACGAACUUCUCUGGUUCGUCGAAGGCAAUGCAAUCCUUUUUAGCGGUUAGAGGAAUUAAGAAUCUAAAAUGUCAAUGGUUAAAUAUUAAAAAGGUAGUUAUGGACGACGAUAGCACAACAUACGUGAGAAUAGUGCAGUGAUAAAAAUCACGUGACUAAAGGGUUUACAAGUGAUCUUUACAAAUUAAAAGAGAAAAGUAAUAAAUUAACUGCAACAGUAAUAAAUUAUCUGAAAAAGUGUUUUAAUUAUGCAGUCAGUUAAAAUAAAGGGGAUCCAGCAGGAAUGAAAAGAAGCAUCGCGGCCAUUGUACCCCAUUCAUUUGGGUCACAUGAUGCGUGUGCUGAUCACGAGUGGUGUCGAUUCAAACUAGAGAAGGAUUACAAGCGUAAGUCCCUUCCACACUGCAAGGAUUUAGCAGACGACUUUUUGAAGAAAGACCUAGAGGACCUUAUGGGAAAAUAUACAACACCUGCUAUGUGCAGAAAACUUGCUGAACUACAGUCAACUAAUUCAGUAGAAAAUAUGAACCAGUUAAUUGCAAGAAAGGCUCCGAAAUCAAUGCAUUUCUCAGGUUCGGAAAGUCUUGACUAUCGUGUUUCUGCAGCCGCAACUCAAAAGAACGAAGGAAGCAGUUAUAUAUGCACAGUGAAUGAGACUCAUAAAAUGACACCAGGGAAAGUAACGGCUAAGCGCUUUCAAGGGAUUGACAGAAAACGAGGAUAGAUAUUGUCAUUAGUCUUCACAAGGGGCAAAAAAGCGCAGACUCGAUUUAAAGUUGGAAAAAAAGUAAAUCAACAGUUCAAUGAAAAUUUAGAGGGUAUAUUGUACCAGACCGGAGUUCUAGCAAAUACAGAAAUGGAUGACAAUUCUAUAGAGGUUGUCCCGGAACCGUUAUUAUUAAACUCGUAGAAAUGCCGUCUACAUGGGAAAUCGACAAUUCUGUUCGAUCUAGAGACAACUGUGUUCGGUAUUUAUCUUUUAUUUGUAAAUACUUCUUUUCCACAUCAGUGACGACUUAAAGUUCAUAUAUCCGUAAAAUACCUGUAAAAACUCAAAAACCUCGAAUAAUAGCAAUACAUGUACCUCAUAUUUUAACUUAUAAAUGUAGUAGUAUCCUGUAUGAAAUAUAUGUAAUGGUUACCAUAAGUCGUACAUAUACUUGAAGGCAUCGUGA